AUAUACUGCUUUCUGUCCAAAAACCCAAGUCUUCUAAAGAAACAAAGCCACCUUCCCCACAAGCAUCUUCAGCCCAUUUUAGAUGAACCUUUGUUACACACACACACACAGAGAUGGGAAGAGCUCCGUGCUGUGACAAGGAAAAUGUGAAGAGAGGGCCAUGGGCACCUGAAGAAGAUGCAAAGCUGAAAGAGUAUAUAGAGAAGCAUGGGACUGGAGGGAAUUGGAUAGCUCUCCCACAAAAAGCAGGCCUUAGAAGAUGUGGGAAAAGCUGCAGAUUGAGAUGGCUCAACUAUCUAAGGCCAAACAUUAAACAUGGAGAGUUCUCUGAUAAUGAAGACAGAAUAAUCUGCACCCUCUUUGCUAGCAUUGGAAGCAGGUGGUCAAUAAUAGCAGCUCAGUUACCAGGCAGGACUGACAAUGAUAUCAAGAAUUACUGGAACACCAAGCUCAAGAAGAAACUCAUGAAGAUUGGAAUUGGGAUUGUUCCUUCUUCGCCCAAUCAGAGAAGACCUCAUCAUCACCAACCCACAACCUACCCAUUCAUUUCACUUCUUCAUCAUAAUUCAUCAUCAUCACCAUCACCAUCACCAUCCUCUCCACUGUCAUCAUCAUCAUCAUACAAGUACCACAACACCCAAACCAGCUCUUUCAUAGGCUAUGAUUUUGAACCCUUUUCAAUCCCAUCAAGUUCUACUGCUAAUAGUACUGUUCUACAAGCCCAAGAGGUCUAUGUGAGUCCCAAUCUCUUGUUUGGCGGUGAAGCUGCUAGUUGCAGUUCUUCUGAUGGGAGUUUCAACAGCAACAACCAGAUCAGCCAUGGAAGAGAGAUGGAGAGUGAUUAUGGUGGACAUAUGGGCUUGCAGAGUUACUACCAUCUGUACAAUGGAGUUGGUGAAAACCUAAAAUACAUGGUUUCUAGUGGUGUUGGUGGUGGUAAUGCUAAUAAUGGGUUGUUCUAUGGUGGUGAAAGUGAAACUCCAAUAGAUUACAGUAGUGUUGAGGAGAUUAAGCAGCUUAUUAAUACUAAUACUAAUAUCUAUAACAACAUGAAUUUCUAUGUUGAUGACAACCAGAGAGAGGAGAAACUCAUGUACUACUGAACUGUGAUGUUGACUCUUGAGUACAAUAUGAAGAUUUGAAGGAUUAGGGUUUGAAAGAUGGUUUCAACUUUUUAGAUUUUAAGACUCCAGUUUGUGGGGGAUGGGGUUUAUGUUUCAGCUUUGCUUUAUAAAAUGUUCACAUUUAUAAUUGAGAACAUAAUGCUCGCAUAUAUAAUUACGAAUUUUUGUCUCAAAUAUAUAUAUUCCGCAUCUAA